CCUCCAUCAUUGGCUCCGCGUGGGAUAUAGAACUGAAUCAAAAGCCGGGACUGGGAGAGAGAGCCGCCGCGAGAGGGGGACAGAGCCGAUAAUGGAGACAGAGACCCGAGAGAGAUCUCUGCAUCUUCCAGGAAACUGUGAACAUGGAAAACAAUGGGGUCAGAUUUCGCGAGGAAGUUACAGAGUUCGAAAAUUUCAAAAGACCCCAGUACAAUCGCCGCAUUGACUACCGAUACCGACCCGGCGGUCAGUCCACACACUGCGGAAAGUUCAUUGGGGCCAAUGAGAUCAGUUUUGUCUGUCCUCUCCACGUUUGAAGCUCCUUCCAACUCGCAGAACAUCUAACUUUUUGUCUCACUUUCAAAAUUCCUUUUGUUUUCACUGUCGCCACCGUUGGCCCAUUUCACGUGGGUUGGUCGUUCUCAAGGAAAAUGGUUGCUCCAUUAAUGUUCUAAGUGCAGCUACUUCGAUUUACUGUGAAUUUUCCCAGAACUUCCACGGCAAUUUCAGCCUCUUGAAGUUAAGAGCUUAAAUGGAGUUUCAUGGAAAAUUUCUUCUGUAACUUCUCUGCUUCUUCUUGAUCAUUUAGCCAUGCUCCUUGAUUUCUCUUCAACUUCUCUUCCAGACCCACUCCCCAGUCACGGUCACCUAGGAACACGUAAACAUUUGAAGAGGCCCUUUCACGUCCAACAUGGUGAUGGUUUUGGAACUCCGAGUCAAGAGCCAAAACGAAUCAAUAUAUUCCGGACGGCUGUUGGAGAGGAUAGCUUGUUUUCUAUUCUGGAACCUUUGAUUCGGAAAGUGGUAAGAGAGGAGGCAGAAUGUGCCAUUUCCAAAAACUUCCCAUCAUCUUCAAGCAGCUCAGUUCUUGUAGCUGAAACAACAUCAGAUGGAUGUAAUCUGCAGCUGCUGUUUGACAGCAAACUGCCAAAGCGAAUAUUCACAAAUAAUCCGCUGAAAGAUGAGGAUGGCAAACCAUUGAAAAUUAAACUAUACGACGCCAAUUCCAAGACUUUGGUGGAAUCAGGUCCACUAUCAUCAGCAAAAGUUGAUUUUGUUGUCCUCAGUGGACUAUUUGCUAGUGAUCGAGAGGAUUGGACUGAAGAGGAGUUCAAUUCUAAAAUUUUAUGUGAAAGAGAAGGUAAAAGACGUCUAUUAGCUGGACCCCAGAGCAUCGUCUUGAAAAAUGGGGUUGGAUUAAUCAGUGAUCUAAGCAUCACAGAUAAUUCCAGCUGGAUGGCGAAUAAGAUGUUCAUACUGGGAGCCAAAAUUUCACCAAAAAGUUCUGGAAAACAGAGAGUUAAGCCGGCCAGAAGCCGCCCUUUUUCUGUAAGAGACAGCCGUGGAGAGGGGUAUACGAAGCACUAUCCUCCAAGCUCGCAUGAUGAAGUAUGGCGUUUGGAGAAAAUACGAAAAGAUGGUAAAUACCAUGAGCAGCUGGCUUCAAACAACAUAUUAACUGUCGGGGAUUUUCUCAUGUUGAAUGAAAUGAAUCAACCCAAGUUACGCCAUAUACUUGGCCUGUCGGAUAAGAUGUGGCGAAAAGUUUUGAACCAUGCUAAAACCUGCAUUAUGGAUGAUUGCACGGUUUCUAAAUACCCAAAUGGGUGUGAUGGGGCAUUAGUUGAAGAUCUGAAUCAGCCAGCAUACCUGAACAGAUUUGAUGAGCAACCAGCUAACAGACUGGCUUUGACCUAUCAGCAAGCUGGUCCUUUUAUUCCUCCAAAUCUAGGAUUGCAACCAUUGGAACCUUGCAUCGUACAUCCACAAGAUGACCUGCUAAUUCACGCUCCUACAACAAACAAUGACAACAGCGAAGGAGAUGGAACUCCCUCAAUUUUCCAAAUCCAGAACGAUUUGGACCGAGUAUUUCAUCCGACACUGCAACCCGGUUACCAUGUCGAAGACUUUCAUUUUCUGCCACAAACUCCGUUUUACUUCCCUCCUCAAGCAACACUUGAGCAUGGAAAUGAUCGUCCUUCUUCGAGUUACACCACGGAGGCUGGGGGGCGUGGCAUAUUUCCUUCUUAUCUGGAUCACGGUGCCAAUAUCUUAAAUGGGGCGGAUUAAGUUUCAACGCUUAAGCGAUAUCAGUUGGAUCUUCAAACUAGAAUGGCAAAGCCAUUCAGCUUCAGAUAUCGUCUCGCCGUGUUCCAGUUCUAUCAAACUUUAGACAACUUUCUGUGGUCUUAGUGUCAAAGUCACUCGCCAUGUUCCGGUUCUAUCAAAUUUUAGACAACUUUCUGUGGUCUUAGUGUCAAAGUCACUGCACACCCAAGGAGAAAAGUUACUGCUAAAUUUGCAGGUCCUUAAUCUGCUUAAGUUUUUGUAGAUAGUUUUCUUCUGUGUUUUCCUGCACUAUUUUUCUUUCCCUUGGGGCCAAUGUGCAGCAAAAGAGUCUUUGUAAAGAGUCAGCUGUCCUCUUUUUAGCUUUUUUUCAACUCUGCAAAUUCAAGUUGUUGUAUUAUUAUCAAGUGGAAAGGAAAAUGUUUUUCUUUGCAAUUAAACUUGUCAAAGAUGCAGAGGUUCCUACCUCAGGAAGCCUCGUUGGCUCACGGCUUGGGGCGGCGUUCUCCAUCCAUUUGGAGAACUUCAUAAUGGAAAAAGCUGCCACGUUACGAAGUACUCGUGUUAUCGAGUAUUGUCCGGAUGAGUCCUAUGUGACAAAUAUCUAAAGAACAAAAGGUGAAAGGU